ACUUGCCGCCGAGGUCGACCACGCGUAACACGGCGCAUGCGCCUUGGUGUAAAACAUGUGCACACGACAAUUUUGCACGUGGAAAAUAUUUCAUUGCGGCGAUCGACGUCUGACCGUUUUCGUAGAUUUUAGUCAUGUCUUCAACAGAUGUCUCGCAGAAUGGGUCCACAAAGAAAAAGAAAAAGAUGAAGCACUCAAUUGGAGAAUUGCAACAGAGUGGGGAUUUUUUUGUCAAAUCAGAAGAGAAACCUCCACCUAAAUUAGACACAUCACAGUGGCCACUGCUUUUGAAAAAUUAUGAUAAAUUGAAUGUGCGAACAAAUCAUUACACACCUCUGCCUUCUGGUUGCUCACCAUUGAAAAGAGAUAUUCAAGAAUAUGUUAGAACUGGUUUUAUAAAUCUGGACAAACCAGCCAAUCCAUCUUCACAUGAGGUUGUGGCUUGGAUACGAAGAAUAUUAAGAGUAGAGAAAACAGGACAUAGUGGAACGCUGGAUCCAAAAGUAACCGGUUGUCUAAUUGUUUGUAUAGAAAGAGCGACAAGGCUUGUUAAAUCUCAACAGUCUGCAGGUAAAGAAUAUGUCUGUAUUGUAAGACUUCACAAUGCAAUAGAAAAUGAAGUAAAACUCACAAGGGCGAUUGAAACAUUGACAGGUGCAUUAUUUCAAAGACCUCCGUUAAUAUCUGCUGUCAAACGACAGUUGCGAGUUCGCACAAUAUAUGAAAGUAAAUUGAUUGAAUAUGAUCCUGACAGAAGACUAGGUGUGUUUUGGGUAAGCUGUGAAGCUGGUACAUAUAUUCGUACGUUAUGCGUUCAUCUUGGAUUGAUUCUUGGCGUUGGCGGACAAAUGCAAGAGCUUAGGCGAGUCCGUUCUGGCAUUGUGCAGGAAAAUGAAGGGCUUGUAACAAUGCAUGAUGUCUUGGACGCACAAUGGCAAUAUGAUCAUCACAAAGAUGAAAGUUACCUCAGAAGGGCUAUUUGCCCUCUCGAAAAAUUACUAGUAUCACACAAAAGAAUAAUAUUGAAAGAUAGUGCCGUAAAUGCUGUGUGCUAUGGUGCCAAAAUUAUGUUGCCUGGUGUUUUGCGAUACGAAGAUGGAAUUGAAAUAAAUGAAGAUAUUGUUAUAAUUACCACAAAAGGAGAAGCAGUAUGCCUCGCAAUUGCACUAAUGACGACUGCCGUCAUCUCGACGUGCGAUCACGGAGUUGUCGCUAAGAUCAAACGAGUCAUCAUGGAACGGGACACUUACCCCAGAAAGUGGGGUCUGGGACCGAAGGCAAAUUUAAAGAAAGAAAUGAUCAAAAGGGGUUUGCUCGGAAAGUAUGGAAAACCAAACGAAAAAACACCGAAAGAUUGGACAACGAAUUACAAGGAUUUCUCUCUACCAGAUUCUACUCCAACAGUUAUCACAUCAGUGAAGAUUGAACCUGCUAUUCAGCAACCAACUAAAAAGAGGAAGUUGGAAGAUUCAAGUAGUGAUGAUGACGUCUCACCGCACACUGUUCCUGUUGCAGUUGUUCAACCUGUCUCGUCUGACAAGGAGUUGAAGAAAUUGAAAAAGAAAGAGAAAAAGGAAAAGAAAAAGAAGAAAAAAGACAUGGGUGAAUCAGCGGACGGCUCCAAGUUAGACAUAUCCCAAACAUCGGAAAAUAUGGAUACAACUAGUGCAUCGAUAACUGAUAUCAGUUCUAUAAAGUCUCCGGAUUCAAAGGACAAGAAAAAGAAAGAAAAAAAGAAGAAAAAGAAAAAAGACAAGGAAGAGGAAUGAGAUUUACAUUGAUAACAUGCGAAGAAUCGAAACCUUAUAGCAGAAUCGUUGCCAGAAUGAACAUGUCAACAACUGCCUGCAGAAUUGCUCAACUUUCUGUACUUUUUGUGCCAAGUUUUUACUGUAAAUCAUGGUUUUCAACCAGCGUUAUGUAUCGUUUUACAAGAUAAAGUUCGAUCUGUUGUUAUUAGCCUGUAACGUUAAGGCUAGCGAUUGAAAUCUUGUAAUGAAACUUUUCUCUUAUGACCUGGACUACGUUUACCUGGCUUUUCAGCUAUUUCUGUUUCACUGCCAUUAUUACGUUCCAUUGAUUUUUAGCUCAAUCAUGAUUGUGGUGCGUUUUAAAUCCAUAUUGUUUCAAGUCGUGUA